CGAUCUAUGAUAGUCAGCAAACAUGAGUGGCUUAAGUUGUCACACAAUGAACAACGAUGAAAUCACACAUGUAAUUGAUUAUGAUUGAUACUUCUUACGAUAAUGGAAUUAUCUGAGAAGUGUAUAUGAAACACUUACAACACCAUGUGAAUUCAUUGUCUUAAAAUUGUGCAUAGAAAGAACAUUAAUAUUUAUAACCUUAAUAGAAUGACAUGUAACUUCUAAGACACAAAUCAACUAUAUUGCUAACAAUGUCUGAUAGCAUUUCAAAUGAUGAAAAAACUGACAAUUAUGUUCCUCAUGAUCCUGAGUAUGAUGAUGCACUGGGUGUACCUGAUUCAUUAAAUGAAAAUGAAAAUAUUAGUUCUAGCGAAGAUAUUGAUAAUAAAGACUGUCUUGGUUUGAUACCUUUCUCCGCAAUACAUGAUUUACCAAAAAACUUUAAAAGCCAAUAUCGUAAUGUUUUUAUUCCUGGUGAAGAAGUACAUGUAAACAUUGUAGACAAUGAGCGUAGCGUAACAACACAUCCAUUGAAUCCAAACUUGUACACUAUUGAAUUUAGGCAUGGCCCAUUUACUUGGACAAUUAAGAAACGAUACAAAGAUAUCCAAUAUUUGCAUAAUCAAUUGAAGAUAUAUAGAGCCAGUUUAAAUAUACCUUUUCCAACUAAAAGUCACAAAGAAAGAAGGACCAGUCUGAAAAGCUUAGGAGAUGCAAAAGAAGGCAAAAGUUGUAGAGGUGCACUGCCAAGAUUUCCAAAUAGACCAGAUGUUUUAGUACCUUAUGAACAAUUAGAGCAUAGGAAGAAAGAAUUAGAAAAGUAUUUCACUAAUUUAUUAAAAAUAAAAAUCUACUUGCACCAUCCAGAAACAAUUAAUUUUUUAGAAAUCUCACACUUGUCAUUUAUAGAAGAGUUAGGAAUGAAAGGCAAAGAAGGAAUUAUUUUAAAACGAACUGGAUCAGGUGCAAAAGGCAGAUGUAAUUUUUGUGGUCUUGUCGAAAGUAUGUGUUGUAUUAGAUGUAAUCAUUUUUGCACAUCUCUAUGUGGAAAAUGGCAUUCUCGACAUCUCGUUGUUAAAGAUACAUUUGUUGCCUAUAUGAAACCGAAAAAUGGUAGCAUAAAGUCUGUGAUUCUAAUGGAUAAUGGUUUUGGAAUCAGUUUUGGUCUGUAUACAACAGGAUUAAGAAAUGGCAUACAAAUAGUGAAUCUUAGCAGGCACAUAGUAAUUAAAUGUGGGACAAGAAGAAAGGCUAAAGAAUGGAUGGAGUUCAUACAAGAAGUUAGUAGCAAAGAAGGUCGAGAUUUUAUACAAUCAAAUCCACAUAAUUCAUUUGCACCUUAUCGUUCCCCUAUACCAGCCGCAUGGUUUGUAGAUGGAUCAAGUUAUAUGUCUGCUGUUGCAGAUGCAUUAGAAAAUGCGAAAGAAGAAAUUUUUAUUGCAGACUGGUGGUUAUCACCUGAGAUUUAUAUGAAAAGGCCAGCUAUUUCUAGUGAUUAUUGGCGAUUAGAUAAAAUUUUAGAGAGAAAAGCAUAUGAAGGUGUCAGAGUGUUCAUAAUGAUCUAUAAAGAAGUAGAAGUUGCACUGGGCAUAAACAGCUUCUAUAGCAAGCAACGGCUAGUUGAAAAAUGUCCCGAAAAUAUAAAAGUAUUACGUCAUCCAGAUCAUGCAAGAGUAGGAGUAUUUCUCUGGGCACACCACGAAAAAAUUGUAGUUGUUGAUCAAAAUAUUGCCUUUCUUGGUGGAAUUGAUCUAUGUUAUGGUCGAUGGGAUAAUAACGAGCACAAAUUAAUAGAUUUGGGUAGCACUCAACAUUCCAGCAUUUAUAUUCCAUCUAAAGGUAGAUUUACCAAUACCAGCACUAAAAAAGUAAGUGUCGCCAUAAAUAAAAAGCACGUUUUGUUACCAUUGGCUAUUGCAACUAAUACAGUUGUAAUGGCUACUACAAAAUCUAUACCUGUAGUGCCAGUAGUGAGCAAGAAGACAUCGGUGUCACCAUUUUCAGCAUUAUCACAAUUGAAUGCUAGUGAUUUAUUGCUAAUGCAACCAAUAGAAGAAAGCGACACUAUGAAAUGUGAUACACCGAAUACAGAGCGUAAAAAUCUAUUUGGGAUGGCAAAAAAUACCAUGGAUAGAAUGAAACGUAAUAUCAUGUUAAAAAGAGAAGAAUUAAUUAACAUGGUAUAUAAUCCACACGAAGAAAGUAGCGAUGAGGAAAAUGUUCCAGAUACCUAUAUGCUGCAAACUCCAGUUGAUACUAGUCAAUCACUCGUAUAUAACGAAGAUGAAUCAUCAGAAUAUCCAGGUGUAGCUAAAUUAUGGUUGGGAAAAGACUAUGUAAAUUUUAUUGUCAAAGACUUUAAUGAUCUUGAGAAGCCUUAUCAAGAUCUAGUAGACAGGAGCAACACUCCCAGAAUGCCAUGGCAUGAUAUUGGAGUUAUGGUACAAGGUGCAACAGCAAGAGACAUUGCUAGACAUUUUAUUCAACGUUGGAAUGCGAUUAAGAUGGAAAAAGCAAAAUUAAAUUCAUGUUAUCCAUUUUUGCUUCCAAAAUCAUACCAUAAUUGCAACAAUUUUAUUCCAUUUAUUGAGAGAUCUUCUAUUCACAAUGUCAAUUGUCAAGUAUUAAGAUCAGUUAGUUCUUGGUCGGCUGGUUUUCUCGAUUCGGAAACAGUCGAGCAAAGUAUACAAGAGGCUUAUAUCGAGGCUAUUAGUAAAGCAGAAAGAUACAUAUACAUAGAAAACCAAUUUUUCAUAACGCUUGCAUCCAUGCAACGCUCUGUAGUAAAAAAUCGUAUUGGAGAAACAUUAUUAAAGCGCAUUUUAAGAGCACACAAAGAAGGUGCAGUAUUCAGAGUAUUCGUGAUAAUGCCUUUACUACCAGGUUUCGAAGGUGAGGUUGGAGGACCAACUGGUACUGCCUUGCGCGCUAUUACACAUUGGAAUUAUGCUUCUAUAUCAAGGGGUAAAGAUGCUAUCUUAAAUCGACUAAUUGAAGCAGGAAUAGAAGACCCUAGCGAGUACAUUACGUUCCAUGGUUUAAGGACUCAUGCAAUGUUAAACGGUACACUAGUGACGGAAUUAAUUUAUGUUCACAGCAAGCUAUUAAUUGUAGAUGACAGUACUGUCAUCUGUGGUUCUGCCAAUAUUAAUGAUAGAAGCAUGAUAGCAACAAGGGACAGUGAAAUUGCACUAAUAAUUCAUGAUCAAGAAUUCGAAGAAGGAAGAAUGAAUGAUAUACCAUUUCCUUGUGGCAAGUUUGCAGGGUCAUUACGAAAGCAAUUAAUUUCCGAGCAUUUGGGAUUAUUUAAAACAAAUGAAGACAUAGAUAUAACUGAUAUAAUUAAAAAAUCAUUCUACAGAGAUGUGUGGUGUGCGAGGAGUAAUCGAAACACGGAAAUUUAUGAAACAGUAUUUCGUGUUAUCCCGACAGAUAAAGUUGUUAACUUCUCCAUGUUAAAGCAGUAUCAAAGUGAAGAGCCACUUUCUACGUCAAAUCCACUUUUGGCCCAAGAAGAAGUUGAACAAAUUAAGGGUCAUUUAGUAAAUAUGCCAUUAAACUUCUUAACUAAUGAAGAUCUGAAACCAGCUGCUAGCACAGUAGAAGGAAUAAUGCCAACAGCACUAUGGACAUAAAUUUUUAAUAGUCAAAUCGAAUAUUAACGAAUUUUUAUUUUUUAUAGCUGUAAAUAAAUUAAUCUAGCUCUAAGUAUUUUAUUAAUCAAAGUACAAAACAAUUACUCUGUACUUAUAAUUGGAUACUUUAAUAUGUGUAUUAGAAGAUACAAAUCUUAGUCUAGCAGCUAUUUUUGCUGAAAAGCAUAUAAUAACAUGUAAUAAUAAUGUGAAUCUAUGUAUGACAUUCUACAUCACAUUGUACAAAAUGAAUUCUUUUUCAAUUCAAGCUUUUAUUAAUAAUAGUUUAAAAGAACUUGUUUAAAGUUAAAUGUCAAUGACAAUUCAGAUCAAGACAGCUUUUUAUUUAAAUUAUUGUCAGUGCAUCAAAUGUAAGUCUACUUCAACAUUCCAUCUACCUCUUUUAAACAAAAUUCGCGUUACGAAGGUUAAUAUAAUAAUUGUUAUUCAUUUAAAGAUAAUUUCACUACAUCAAGUGUUCAGUUUAAACAUAUUGAAACAUGUUUAAUUGCAUAUGUGAAAACGCUUAUAUGAAUAUUUAAACUUUAACAGUGUGUCUUUUUAAAAGUUGAAUUUUAUG